CAAUAAAAGUUGUUGUAGCGUCAAUAUUUUUUAAAAAUAUCCGUUUCUAACAAUUUUAGCUAAUUGACAUUAGCUAUAAUAUGUUUGUUUUGUCUAUUAUACAUACAAAUUUUUUAAAUGGAACGCAAGGAGUAUUAAAUAUUAGGUUUCUGACCAAAAGAAAGGAUGGCAUUGAUUGCUAGAGAUUUCAAAUGAUAUAUAUUUGUUCUUCAAAUGUUAUUUAAGUACCUACAAAUAAUAAUCUAUUUAAGAAAAUAAUAUGCUCAUAUAUUGGUCCAACAUUUAAUGGACAAUAAGAAGACAUGGUGUGAAUAUAUCUGACUCACUAGCCGUGCAUGGAUUGGCUGCUUCAGAAAUUUCUGCACUCUAUCCACUUGAAGGUGACAUAUAUAUACUCAUUUUAAUAGUGCUUAUUGGUACUUACUUGGAGUAUAUAUAUACGCACGUAUCAGAUCAGGUUGUAUUAUAAUUGUCUACAUAAUCGAAGCUGUCAUAACUUGCAAGUAAAGAAUGGUCAGUCUAAUGUUCUGUAGUUCGGCCUCACCUUUAUGUUCUUCUCCAUCAAAAAUUACCAAGGCUAGUUUGGACUUCGAUAUGAAGAAACUUGGUGGCAGCACAAAACUUGUCCGGAACGUGAAUUUGGAGAAACUAAAGAACAAUUAUUUGUUUCCUGAAAUCAACAGACGUGAGCUUGAGCACAUUGAAAAGCAUCCAAAUGUACAAUUGAUAAGCCUUGGGACUGGUGAUACAACAAAGCCUAUACCAGAGCAAAUAACCUCACAUAUGUCUAACUUCGCACAUGGCCUAUCGACGGUAGAAGGAUAUAGAGGGUAUGGACUGGAACAAGGAAAUAAGACCCUGCGAAAAGCUAUUGCUGAAACGUUUUAUAGAGAUUUGCACGUAAAAAGCAAUGAAGUUUUUGUAUCAGAUGGUGCACAAAGUGAUAUUUCUCGUCUUCAGCUACUCCUAGGCUCCAACGUCACAAUUGCUGUGCAAGAUCCUACCUUCCCGGCUUACAUAGAUUCAAGUGUGAUAAUUGGUCAGACUGGUCAUUUCCAUGAACCAACCAAGAAGUACCAAAAUGUUGUCUACAUGCCAUGUGGGCCUAAAAAUAGUUUUUUCCCUGAUCUGGCUAUGACCCCAAGGACUGAUGUCAUCUUCUUUUGUUCUCCUAAUAACCCUACUGGUUAUGUUGCAUCCAGAAAACAACUACAUCAACUAGUUGAUUUUGCAAAGAGAAAUGGUUCCAUAAUUAUUUUUGACUCUGCAUAUGCUGCUUUUAUCGAAGACGAUAGCCCACGUUCAAUAUAUGAAAUUCCUGGUGCUAGAGAGGUGGCGAUUGAAGUUUCUUCAUUCUCUAAGUUUGCGGGUUUCACCGGUGUUCGGCUUGGUUGGACUAUCAUCCCUGAUGAGCUCUUGUACUCUAAUGGUUUUCCCAUUAUCAACGAUUUCCAUCGCAUAGUUACCACUUCCUUCAAUGGAGCUUCAAAUAUUGCUCAGGCAGGUGGACUAGCAUGCCUUUCUUCUGGUGGCCUUAAGGAGAUACGGUCAGUGAACGACUACUACAAAGAGAACAGGAAGAUACUGAUGGACACUCUAGUCUCGCUCGGCCUCAAGGUUUAUGGUGGCGUAAAUGCUCCAUACUUGUGGGUUCACUUCAAGGGAUCAAAAUCAUGGGACGUUUUUGCUGAGAUUCUAGAAAACACUCAUAUAAUAACAGUACCAGGCUCAGGUUUUGGACCCGGUGGAGAAGAGUAUUUGAGGAUUAGUGGGUUUGGACGCAGAGAGGACAUUGUUGAAGCAUCAAAGAGGUUGCAGAAUUUCUUUAACACACGAACCAAACAUUUUACUUAUCUCUCUUCUUCUUCUAAUACCAAUUAGGCUAAACACAUAUCGUCUUUGUAAGCAUCGUCUUGAAUAAUUUCUCCCACCUAUCUUGUACCAUAAUGUAUAUUAUUGAAAUAAUAAAAGCUACGGGACCAUGUUAGUUGUUUAGCAUAA